CGAGUAGUCAACAGCAGGCUGCAUUAUUACGAAGAUUCUUCUGUUGAUGCUCGUAAUUCUGUAAAUAAUUGUCGUUUACAACAUUUAUCGCCAUGUCGUACUUAACUAACCUAUUGAUUUCGUUGUUGUCGCUUCUAAUUUCCGAGGUAUUUGCUGAAGAAUGUGCUGGAUAUGAACAUAGUUGUAGCCCACCAGAGUAUUGUUGCAAUUAUACUUGUUGUAGGGCCUACAAUCACUAUAGUUUCUGGAGCAUGUGGUACUUCUGGUGUAUUGUAGUUUUUAUUCUGAUGGCAUGUUUUGGUGGUUGUGGAUAUUAUCGGCGACGUCAUGUGUUAUUACAACGACACAAUGGAAGACCAACUACACUUAUAAUAGCUGGCACGACAGUUUCCACGCAUGAUAUGUAUGCCACAUCAGCGCCACCAGUACCAGUACCAGCACAACCAAUGGGGGCUUUUCCUGCACCACCACCGUACAGUGAGGUGACAUCCAAACCAAACAUGUAUCCAAAAGCUGUUGCUAUGCCACCCUAUGCAUGCACUAUGCAAGUACCCCCGCCAUAUGAAGCAGCGAUACAACAAGACGCUACAGGAACUUCUUUACAGACAUCAAAUUCUCAGAACACCAAUCCGUCCACAGCAGUCUCAUAAAAAGUCCUACUUGUUCAGUCAUCAGUACACUUUUAAAAUUACACUGUAAAUGGCACCAUAAAUGACAUUUUAAAGUUGUAGGACAUUUCUAGAUAUGUGAUUGUGCUUAUAUUGGCAUGUUAUCAAUUCUGAACAAGUAUCUCAAUUUUUAUAAAUAUUUUACUUUUAAUACUUUAACACGUAUGUAUAUAGUCGUCCCAAGAUGCGACUUGGGACAAGUUUGAGUUUUGCUAAUCUGUAAUCGUAUCUUUUGCAUGUUUAAAAUAUGAAAGAAAAACUAAAACUAAAAAAAAAUGCAAAAGUUAGUUGUGUAUGUAUCUUAUAUUUCAAGGAAAUGUAAUUGCUAAGAUAUUUUUAA